AUGGAUAACAAAAUUCGUCAACUUUUUCCCCUCUUCAUUCACCAAAAAAAUCUGGUUUAUUUAGAUAGCGCUGCCACUAGUUUAAAACCUUUGGAGGUGAUUCGAGCCAUCAGCAGUUAUUAUGAAAAAUAUUCGAUCAACAGCCAUAGUGAAAGUAAUAAUUCUUUAUCUAACAAAGUUCGAGAUACUAUCCAACAAACUCGCCAAUUAAUUGCCCAAAAAAUCAAGGCUCAAAUUGAAGAAAUUAUUUUUCUUCCUUCAACUACCUAUUCCUUAAAUAUUUUGGCUUUAUCUUUGGAACAUUAUUUAGAAGAGGGAGAUAAAAUUUUUCUGACCCAUUUAGAACACAGUUCUAAUUGCUAUCCCUGA